AUGAACGCCAUGGAUCUCAACUGGUGUCUCACCUGCAACAGAUACAUCGACGUGGACGGCGCCGCACCCUACUGCUCGCCAGAAUGCUACGCAUCAGAUCGCCCGUCCAUGGCCUCCUCGUCAUACCUCUCCGCGCGGCGACACGCGGAACAUAACGCCGCCUUCGCCUCCGCCGAGUCCGUCUCGGAGCUCGACGACUGCGACCAGUGUUCGUCCCGCUUUGGCAACAUACUCGACCCGAACGGGAGUAGCAGGUGGAUUGGGAAGGGAGACGCAGGCAUCCAUGCGUGGGCGAGCGACGUCCCUGCUGGCCCACCAGAAGCGGAGCCCACCAUGUCUCUUGCGGACUUGAAGCCGCCAAGCCUCAUUCUGUCAUCUCGCCGCCCGCUUCCGCCUAGCCUCUGCAUGUCCAGGCCUACCCCCGCUGCCGCUGAGCCAUCUCUGCCUAUCUGUACACCACUACUGCCCCCGUCUGCAUCGUCAUCCUCCAGCCGCUGUCCGACAGACUCGGCAUACACAACACCAUCGUCUUCAUUCUUCCUCGCGACACCUGCCGACGAGACGCCUAUCGCUGCACAUGCACAGCCUUCAGGCCUCAUUAGCGCUAUCACCGCACGCUUCCGC